AUGGAUGUCGAUCUUUUACGGCCAGGCACUGUGCCUAUUUCACCGGACACAAUAUUUUGGUUCGAAUUUCUGCUUGAUCCUACUCUAUUACAAAAUCACCUUAGCAAGAAGAAUCCAGAGCCAUCAGCAUGUGAACUUAUAGAAGAAUUUUUAUCUAUUGAUGCAAAAAACUGCAAACCUGCUACUGAAAGAGUCAUGGAUGUAGAUGGUCCACCUAGUCCCCCAUCAGUAACUACAACAGUUCAUCAAUUUACCAGGAAACAACUAGCAUUAAAAAUUCUUGCUCUUAAGAUUGCUUCUACCCUUCAUUGGAACUUGGACAUUUUUGAAUCAAAGUUGCCUCCACAAAUACAACAGCAACUAAUGCAAGACCUUGUUUACAUGGCUACUGAUGCAGCAUUUUCUAUACCCCCACAGGAAAUUUCACCAGAGUUAUUGCAACAACCUCAAGUCCAAUUUGCUUUGACCUUAUACCACAGAUGGGUUCUAAGAUUUCCUGUGAAGGCUGCACUUCAUGCUAAAUCUACUAAAAUGUCUUUUGUACAUGUGCCUGGGAUGCAAACAGAAAGUGGAUACAGUCCAAUGAAUCAGAAUUUCGACAAAAUUCUUAGAAUGUGUGAUGCUUCUCGUUUACAGAGCAUUAAAUAUUUAGAGGGAGUGUUGUCUGAAUAUGAAACAUUUGCAAAGACAAAUUUUAGGGGACCUAGAAAAAUAAAAAUACCAGUAAUGGAAACAUUUGUCCACUUGACUGAAGAUACCUAUGAUAUGAAUCACAAUUGGAACGCAGGAGAUGUUUUAAUUAGUCAAUAUGAACUGUCUAUGCAGAUUCACUUUGAUUUGUGCUACAAUUACUUCUUUUACGGACAGCAUGAUAUGGCUAAAAAGCACAUAUUAGGUUGUAGAGAAAACGCAAAUCUAUUGGAAAAAGAAGUAUCCAAACAUGGUUAUGAUUGCCACAAAGUGAUGCCUUGGAAUAAUUUUUACUAUGCAAGUAUGACUAAUGAUGACAUAUUAGGAUAUAUAAGAGCUUUAAAUUUAGGUUACGAACUAUUAAAUGAAGAGCCUACACUUUUACAAAAACUACAAGAGUCCAUAGCUAAUCACUACACUGGGAUUAUUGCUAUUCUACAAGCUGAUAAUAUAUCAAGAGAAAUCCCAUUUAUUCACAGAGAAGUUGCAGAACUGGACAUACAAGGCUCGGCGUCAAGUGGUGCAUUCACUGUCGCAAGAGAUCUUUUAAAUAGAGUAUCGGCACUUAAUGCCGUGCGGUACGCGUUAGAAGGUGGCAUACCAUCAACACAUCCAGAUUUUCUUAAUAAAUUCAAAACUGUAGGUAUAAAGUUCUUUGAUUUACUAUUUUGGGCAUUGGGUCCUGUUUUACUAUCUGAUUUAUCAGAAGAGGACUGGAAUAAUCUUAGGAUAUUCUUUUUACAUUUAGCGACAUCCCAAUGUAAACUACCUAUUGAUAGAAUAGAUGAGUAUUUAAGAAAGUAUGUUGGAGAAUCUAGUGAAAAAAUAAGAAAAAAAUUAAUAUUUGAUGAUCACCUGAAAACCGUUAUUAACGAUACAGUACAUGGUGAUGACGAGAACAUGGAUAUCCCUCGUGAGUUACUUACAGACGAUUGGGAAACGCCAGACUUUGAAUUCAAAACAGUGCCUGAAUUAGAAAUGGGACGGCUUAAGAAACGUCUAAUAGAGGCUUCGACGGCCGAUGAUGUGCGUAUGUGUUUGGUGAAAUUAGCUAUGAUGUCACCAUCGUCUCCUUUAUGGAAGUUAAGUCCAUCUUGGAAGCCAGCUGGUAGUUUGGGAAAUGCUUUGGUAGCGUUACCACGAGGAUUCCUGCAGGAUUUUGGAUAUGUAGUGUCGGGUGCUGCUCGAGCUAGAGCCGAAGCUGGUUGCGCUCGGGCAGCUCUAUCCUUACUCUCAGUUUUGGAAGGUGAAGCUCGUAGCCAACUCGGUGGCGGAACAGAUCCAACUUUAUAUCGACUCUGUCGUCUUUUAUCUUGGGAAGUGCUUUAUCUACAAGUGAAUGUUAUGCUGAGCGAGUGGCCCCAUCAUCGACUUAACUUGACGGCAUUGGCUAACAAAUGCAAGGCGUGUAUUGCAACGGCUAACUCUGGAGAUGGUAUCGUGCCUCGGCCUCAGGUAAUAGAGGCGUGUUGGACGUGCUUAGUGAACGCGUGCGAGUGGGAGGGGGCGGGAUCUACGAAUGGGGCGGGGGAGAUGGCCGCAGCGCUCUGUGCCGCCUGCCAGGAACUGCAGCGCGGCAAAGCCACCAGGAAGUUCCCCCGCCCGCUAUGGGACUACGCACUAUCAGUAUACUGCAACGGUUCAAACGGACCAGUGAAACGAACAGCAGGAGGAAUGCCGUCUCACUCUCGAGACGCAUCUAACGCAUCUGCCGACGCAAGAAACGCUUUCAACGCAUUCCUGGCAACCCUACGGGAACCUUUAGCCAUCAGCGUGAUUUUUUCACUGCUCGCGAAGAUACACAAUCUAAUUAUAGAUGACAACUCGCUUGAACUAGUCGUCGAAUACACGAGUCUCUGGCCGUCGAACAUAUCGAACAUAAACAAUUACAACACAAAAUACAUUCUUGAAUCUCUUACUGAUUUAUUGGAAAGAAGUUUGAAAUUGUAUCCUUAUAAUACUUCUUGGCUUCGUCUAUACGGCGACGUGGAAAUGUGUGCGGGCCGCUGGGGUGCCGCACUUCGGCGCUACCUGUGCGCGGUGGCGGCCGGCUCGUGGUACUUCGCGAAGCGCGCGCCCGACGAGAGCAGCGUCGCGCGCAGGGCGGCGCGCUGCUGCCAGGCUCUGAGCGCGCCCACGCAGGCCGCCGCGCUGUGCCAGCUGCCCGACGAGCCUGACUACACCACCGCCUUCAAGUGUCUCGCUGAAAAGACGGGUAACGCGGCAGACGCAAUGGACGCAUACUACGGAUGUUUUUGGGACGGUACACUGCUAGAAGUUGCCGUAGCGCUACACGCGAGACGCGGAGAAGGUGGAAGAAGAGCACGGGCUGUCAAAGCGGCAGGAGCUUUGGAACUGAACGCGAACAACAGCGAAGACAUACAGAGGGAAGCCGCCGCUAUCAGACGAGCGAGAUUGCUAAGAGCACUGACCAACCAAUACGUUGCCUAA